GUUUUACAGGACAGCAUUUGACUGCUGGGUUUAGGAGGACGCACAAUGAAAACAGACGGUGUCAAGCUUGCAAAUGUAACCCACGCCCAUGGAAAUGGCUUGGACAACCAGGCUUUUGAACUGGAGGACGACAUCAAUACUGAUACUAGCAACGUCAAAAGGCAGAAUAAAAAGGGAUUGAGCUCAUACUUAAGCCUUGUUUCCAAGCCGAUUAAUGUCACAGAGGAUUACAUCAAGGCUCACUCACAAACCUUCAAACUCUUUGUGCUGGGCACACUUGGAGCAGGUUAUGUGGCAUACUUUAUUGCGGCCUGUGUUUUGGAUUUCCAGAGGGCCAUUGCUCUUGUAGUCCUAACCAGUUUGGCCGUUGUUGCUAAAUCAUAUGAACUUCUGAAGGAGUACAAAGGAGAGAGCAUCAGUCAGUGUUUCAGACCCGCAGUCCGAUGCUUUAAAUCUAACUUCAAAUGGUUCAAAUGGCUUUUCAUUUUAGCAGCUGUGGCCCUGCUUGUUCUGUGGCUCGUCUUCGACACAAGCCAGCGUCCCGAGCAGCUGAUCUCGUUUGGAGGUGUGUGCACGUUUGUCGUGCUUGUGUUCCUCUUGUCAGCACACAGGACGGCGGUGUCAUGGAGGCCUGUGUUUUGGGGUCUCGGAUUGCAGUUCUGUAUCGGCAUUUUUGUUAUACGGACACAGCCUGGACUCAUAGCAUUCGAAUGGCUUGGAAACCAAGUGAAGAUAUUCCUUGACUAUACCAAAGAAGGAUCAAAUUUUGUUUUUGGGGACCUGAUCGACAACAUUUUUGCCUUUCAAGCGUUGCCCAUUGUUGUGUUCUUCAGCAGCGUGAUGUCAAUCCUUUACUUUCUGGGGAUAAUGCAGUGGCUCAUUCUGAAGAUCGCAUGGUGCAUGCAGAUAACAAUGGGAACCUCUCCCACAGAGACCUUGAGCGUGGCAGGCAAUAUAUUUGUUGGGCAGACUGAAGCUCCGCUGCUGAUCCGCCCUUAUUUGAGCAAGAUGACCAAAUCUGAGAUCCAUGCUGUUAUGACUGGCGGAUUUGCCACAAUUGCAGGCAGCGUCAUGGGAGCGUUCAUCUCAUUUGGGAUUGAUGCAUCUUCCUUGAUAUCAGCCUCUGUAAUGGCUGCUCCUUGUGCCUUGGCCAUCUCCAAACUUUCUUACCCAGAGACAGAGGAGAGUGUCUUCAAGGAUGAGAAGAAUAUCAAAGUGGCUACUGGAGAUGAACAGAACAUCUUGGAGGCUGCUAGCAGUGGAGCGUCUGCUUCAAUAGCUCUUGUUGCUAACAUUGCAGCAAAUUUGAUCGCCUUUCUUGCCAUCCUCGGGUUCAUAAAUGCAGCGUUGAGUUGGUUUGGCAGUAUGGUGGGAUAUCCUUUAAUCACAUUUCAGAUAAUUUGCUCUUACAUAUUCAUGCCCGUGGCCUUUAUGAUGGGAGUACCUUAUGAAGAGAGUUUCAUUGUGGCUGAGCUAAUCGGCACAAAGCUCUUCAUCAACGAGUUUGUGGCUUAUGAGAAACUAUCUGUACUGAAGGACAACAGACUCAAAGGACUUGAUGAAAUUAUUGGAGGAGAAAGACAAUGGAUAUCUAUCCGAUCAGAAAUAAUCUCCACUUAUGCUCUUUGUGGGUUUGCCAACUUAAGCUCACUGGGUAUCAUGAUUGGAGGCUUAUCCUCUAUAUGCCCAUCCAGAAGAGGCGAUGUCUCAUCUCUGGUGUUGAGAGCUAUGAUCACUGCCACUUGUGUUUCUCUCAUCAAUGCUUGCAUUGCAGGGAUCCUCUUCGUUCCUCCACCUGACUGCGUGGAGCUGUUCAAUGCACCUGCUUUCAAUGCUACAGAUGUAAAUAUACAAACUUGCUGUAAAGACCUCUUUCAAAGCACUGUAAACAACGGGACCAUCUCAUUUGAAGGGUGGUGGAGCACAGUAGCAGACGCCACUUUGUAUUUCUCUAAUUGUUGUCAGUGCUGUGGUCUUUCUGAUGUGGCAGUUUGUAUUUAGCUUGUUUCCGUGUUUGUAUAUUUGUGUAACAGUUGAUGUAAAAAUGUAAAGUCUAUAUGCAUAUCUUUUAAAGAUGAAUGCAUCUUUUUUUAUGGAUUAUAUGGUAAAUUAAUUCAGAUAUUGGCUUUUAUUUAAAGCCAUGGAUUAAAAGGACACCCCUUCAGAAAUAUAGAUCCGGAAAUAUCCAGGCAUCAACAGUUUGAUGAAAUUAAAUAUUUGACAAUUAUACAAACAGUCGUACUCUUCGAAAAAAUUAAAAACCUAUAAUGAAAAUGUGAUCUAUGGUUGAACACAAAUGUUUUAGAUAUUUAUUUUAAAAAAAAGAAAAUGUGAUGUGACAUAACAAAGACAGCACACACAUGCAUUCCUCUCUCUUAAUCACUCAUUCAUUUACUCACUCACACACACACACUCACAUGUUUUUGUUCACACUACUUCCGAUAUUCAUCCUUUGACUUUAUGUACACCUGAACACAACAUAGCGUCACACCACACCUUAACAUUACAGUAUUUGCACUAUCAUUAGCUGGUCAAUAUUUCAACCUCUUUUAGAAUUGUUCUAUCAUAAACAGUCAUGCAAGUUCAGUGAUGUAAAUAUAAGGUCAGCUGAAGUGUAAGAGCGGAAGACUUUGAAGACUCAUUGAUCAUCAACCAAUAACCCAUAACAGGAAUUCCUAAAGAUUUCUUGUCGGCUCUUUGUUAUUUAUAAAAGGCAAAUGACUCCUGUUUGAAAUGAACAAUGAAUACCUGUGCAAUCUCACAAGAUAAAUAAAUACUUUUCAUUCUGA